GUUUUGACAGAUGAAAACAUGAUUUUGUGUUUGUUGAUUUUUAUUUACUUUAAUCAGAAUAAAGCGGAAUUAACCAGGAUUUAUACUGCAAUUGUUUGAAUGCUACCGUUCAUAAAUGGCAGAAACUGAAGAGUCAAAUAUGGAUGAUCUGCCCAGAGAUGACAUUAUCAAGGCGAAUAUUCUGGCAUAUCUUCCCCAUAUUCGCACUGCCAUUCAACCAACAGAUCUUCUCAAAUUGAAAUGUUACCGCAAAGAGCAAAGAAAGAAGAUAUUUGAACUGUCCCGAAAGAGCGGUGAUAAAGCUGUUGAGCUCGGUUUGCAAAUGCUUAUCUAUGACACAGAAGACUCCGGGCGUUUUAUUGCGUUCAAGGAGCUGAUGGCCAGCGAAAACGGAUAUCCAAAGAUUGCCCGAUACAUCGACGGUGAAAUUGUUGCUUCAGAUGAAAACUUCAGGAAACUUUUGGAACUGUUUGCUGAUCAAAUAGUUCCAGUAGUGAAUCCAACGGAGAUUUUACCAACCUUGCUAGCAAGAGAGCUUAUAACGAACGAAGAUGUUCAGAGGAUUAGAGCUGAAAUGUAUAACCACAGCAGGGACGCUGCAGCAUGGGAAAUGCUUUUUAGAUUACAAAGCAGAAAGGAGAACUGGUUUAAAGAGUUCUUGGUCAGUUUGAUUGACCAUGGUUAUAACGAUGUAGCUGAAAAACUGGAGCCGGAUAUGUUCAACAAGAUUGUUGUGCAGAAAAACGAAGACACUCAGAUGAAUGACAAUUCAAAAGAUAGCACCGUUUCCAUGAAUUCUGAAACAGAAGAACCAAAUGCUUUUGUAACUGAAGGAUGUGAAAUUGGCAGUGGGGAGGACAAACAAACGAACACUGAUAUGGAAAUGUCAAAUUUGAAUCCUGAAUCAAUUGCCAGCUCUCAUUGCAAACCUAACGAACUUGGAUCGAAUACCUUAAAGAUGGAGUUAGACGGACUUGGCAUGGAAUUUAUGGACAUGCUACUGCCGCAAAACAAAGAAGCAGUUGUGACUCCCUCCGCCAAUGAUGAUACUACAAGUUUAAAAGCCGUACAAGCAAGAACCUCCAGAAGUGUCAGUCAGACAGAUGAUGCGAUAACUGCCGAUAAAAGCGAAACUGAUCAAUUUCAAUUAAAAGAAUCCAUUACUCAAUACCCUGAUCACGAAAAACUGACGCAUUUGAAUAUGGAAACAGAAGAAACACUUGUUAAAGUUAUUGCAAGAGACGAUAUUACCAGCGGAUUAAGUAGACAAGAGUCUCAUGAAAACCAAACACAGUUAAGAAUCCAUGACGAUUCUAGCAAGAAUCACGUUUCACUGUCUGAUUUCAGCAACGAUGAAAUUAUCAGAGGUAACUUGAAAUCUUUUUCUGGAUAUAUCUGUCUGUGUUUGGAGCCAACCGACUUUUUAAGGCUGCAUUAUUUUAAUCAAGAGCAACGCAAACGGUUGAGAGACUGUGAACUCAGCAUGGCUGUCAAAAUGGGCUAUAAUAUUUUCAUGAACGAAAUUGACGACCCUGGACGAUUUGUAGCUUUUUAUGAGCUUAUGGCUUCAGAAAAUGGUUAUCCCAAAAUUGCACAGAUAUUGAAAGGGGAGUUCGUUGCUUGUGACGAACCUUACAGAAGAUUGCUGGAUUUAUUUGUGGACGAUUUAUUAGAAAAAAUCCCUAAUCCUACAACACUGAUUCCUAUUCUUGAAGGAUUUAAAGCUAUAAAUGACGCUGACGCACAAGAAAUAAGAGCAGAAUAUGUCAAUAAAGGGCAUAAUCGAGCUAUUUGGGUGUUGCUGUUCAAACUUCCUUGUCGAGUCGAGACUUGGUUUAAGGAUUUCAUGAAUGCUCUCAUUGAAUGCGAUUUAUUGGCACUGGCUGAAAAGUUGGAACCUGACAUUUUCAAAAAAUUGAUGGCGCAACAUACGUACGAUGAACGAGACAGUUGUGGGACCGAGAUAGAAAUAGCAACUUCGUUUGAUUCAGAAGAAGCAAAAAGCUGCGGAAAUGAAGACGUGCCUGACUUUAGCGAAUUACUCCAGUCUUCUCCAGUCAUAUCCGAUGAGGAAGAAACAUGUUUGAAAGCAAACUCCGCUGUUGAUGACCUAACAUCGGAUUUCAAUGAACUUCUAAAUAACACUGAUAGCCAUGAGACAGAAAUAUAUUCUCGACUUCCUAAAGACGAAGCACGAACGACUGUAAAACAAACAAGGUCACAGAUGGAUGCAACUGAAGCUGGAAAGCGAUUAGUUUAUGACAAAGAGUUUUUAUUGGCAUGUAAAGGAUCGCCAUUUUCUACGAUUUGUCCACCUGAAAUAGCAAACAUUCCGGACAUAGACAUACGUAUGACUACUAGAAUCGGUAUCCACGACACUGAAGACAAUGAAGAGAAUAAGAUACGAAACGAUUUAAACAUAAUUGGACCGGAAAGGGUCAUUAGCGAGGAAGAGUUUGAGAUAAAUAUUGAGACAGACCAAGACGAUCUUGGAACGAAUGUUGAUGACGUGGAUAUAAGUCUACGGGGUUACCAAAAAGAGUUAGCACAGGAGGGUUGUGAUGGAGAAAACGUUAUAGUGAUGGCUCCAACAAACUCGGGCAAGACCAGGGUGGCAUGCAGAAUUAUGCAGGUUCACCUAAGACGGAAAAUAGCAGAAAGAAAGAAGGGUCGUAUUUUAUUUCUUGUCGAAAACGAAGCACUAGCCAUUCAGCAAGGAGUAGUAUGUGCAGAACGACUCCCAACUUACAGGACAAAGGUGUUCAGCGGAAACGUCCACAGGCUAAAAAAGCAAAUGCUCUGGGAUUUCCUUGAAAGAAGAGACAUCUUUGUUGUAACAGCACAGAUUCUUGUGAAUGCUUUAAAAGCAAAGAAAAUUGAAAGCGUCAGAGAAUUUUCUCUGAUUGUGUUCGACGAAUGUCAUCACUCAAACAAACAACACAUGUAUAAUGAAAUUAUGGCUCGAUAUCUUCACCUUAAACUGCGGGAGGGAGUUGAGUCUUCUAAAAUGCCCCAGAUCGUUGGACUUACAGCCUCCUUGGGCGUUGGUGGAAAGACUGAAUGGGGCCAAGGAGUAGAGCAUAUGAAGAAAAUUAUGGCAAACAUGGACGCAAAGUUUCUCUGUACUGUGAGAAAGCCUGAUACAAUUCAGGAAUUGAAAUUAUAUGUGAACCCACCGGUUGAAGAACUAUUGCCAGUGCCUGGAAGAGCUGUCGACUGGUUCAAAAAUGCUGUUGAAGAAAUAGCUAAGCGCAUCGACGCACAUAUGGCGACACAUCGAACUGUACGGGAUGCUGCUCCCGAGGAUACAUUUAUAAAGACAGCAUGCAGGUUUCCACCGACAUUUGGAACCGAAAAAUACCUGCAAUGGAAUGCUGAGUUCGUGAAACAAAUCGCAAAGGUCCGAUCAAAAGACAUCCGUCGAGUGAUAAAUCCUUGUCGUUUACAUUUAGAGGUGUACAACAAAGCGUUAAUGGUGCAUAGUGAUGCGAGGAUAAGAGAUGCAUUGGUUAUUCUGGAAGAGUUUAUGGAAGACUUCAGGGUAGUUCCAGCAGAACAUCGUACCGACGCCUUUCUCAUGGCUCUUUAUGAUGAACUUCUGGCAGAAACAUUCGACACGGAACCAGAAAACCCCAAAUUGCUCAAACUUGAGCAAAUAUUGUCUAAAGUACUUUGCGAGGACCAGAAUGGCAGAGGCAUUAUAUUUGUGCGAACGCGGGAACUGGCUCAAGCAUUGGUUAGAUGGGUGAACGAAACAGAUGGUUUGAACAUUCUAAAUGCUUCCGAAUUCGUUGGACAAAGUGCAUCCGCUUCAGUUGGAGGGAUGACGAAGAGUGGCCAGAAAGAUGUGUUGCAGUACUUUAAGGAUGGACAACACCGACUUCUUAUUGCGACGUCUGUAGCUGAGGAAGGUCUUGAUAUAUCUAAAUGCAACCUUGUGAUUCGUUAUGAGCAUGUCACUAAUGAGAUUGUCAGACUUCAAUCAAGAGGGCGGGCGAGAGCGGAAAAUAGCUUGUACUAUGUUAUUGCGGAGGAGGACUCUUGGAUUCUUGCUAAAGAAGAAAAGAAUCGUCAAUGUGAGGAACUUAUGAAUCAAAUUGUUCCACACCUGCAGGUGUUCAUUGAAGAUCAUGCAAACACCUGGGAGAGAGAACUCUUAGAAAUUCAAGAAAGAAUGAAACAAGAGGAAGAAAAACAAGCCGAAGAAAGAGAGAUUAACACGGCAGCUACAGGUGUCCGCUUUGAAUGCUUUAAUUGUAGUUCCUUUAUUUGCUUGUCUGACGAUAUUAGGGUCAUAAAGGAUGCACAUCAUGUUAUCAUUGAUGAGGAAGCAAAACGACGUCUUACUCUCAGAAGAGGGGCUCCUACCUUUAUUGAACCAGAAGGCGCCGAAUAUGGAGGGGCCUUGUAUUGCGCAAAUGAGGAAUGCCAACGGGAACUGGGAUCGGUUUGCACUUACAAAUUCUCUGAAUUUCCAUUGGUAGGGCUUAAGAACUUUAGAAUUGUUGAUAGAUUUGGACAAGGUCGCGCGUUUAAGAAAUGGAAAAAGGUCAAUUGCAGAAUCGAGGAGUUUACAUUUGAAGAUUUGGAGGCCGUUGGUGCAGAAAGACUUGCGAAUCUUUAAACUGCUGGUGUUGUUUUUGCGUUUGAUGAAACAUUUUGGUUUGUGAAUUACAAACGACAAUUACUAAAUCUAGCGAAUUAUCAACGCCGUUUAAAAUACCAAAAUAAAUAUGUUGUUAACUCUUAAUUGAUGCGUUUAAUGUGCGUUUUAUAGUUUGCUGCUAUUCAUAUUGACACUGACUUGAAUGACAUUCGUUGAAGCAAUAUGCUUCAAAUUGUUCAAUAAUUAUUGAUUGUGUUAUUUAAUUGAUAUUUGUAAUUCAAAUAUUUAUGGUACGCAUUGUGAUACGUUGCAUGUCAUAGCCAUCGUGUAUAAGUUAUAGUGAUAGUGGUAAAUGUUGUGGCUGUACCUAAGUAUAGCAAUCUGGUGAUUAUGUUAAACAUCUAAUAUAAUAUUUGCUGAGCGCGUUUCCUUUUAGUGGUACUGCAUUGUCCAAAACAUAUAUUGUUCAAAUGUUAUAACGUCAGUCAGUCGACGAAUGCGAAUUAAUUUCUUCUUUGUACUGCACGUGUAUUAUACUAGUCAUGUUUUUGCAUAUCUGAAUUGGCUUUGUGAUUUGUCUUGGUGAUAUGGCUGUACAUAUCAUGUUUUUUGUUCGACUGUUGGAAUUUUUCUAUGUAUGCUUUGCUUUGUAGCGCCAUAGUAUGUUGUUAGAUUGCAUGCCGAACAACACAGCGACAAUCAAAAGCCAUAUGUUAAAUGUUUGCUUAAACUUAUUUUUUGUCAUAAUUUGAAAUGGUAUUUUGUGAUUUAUUUAUUAAUUUAUCAUUUAAUUGCUUUUACAUUAUAUUUCAAUUUUCUAUGUAUGCAUUUUUAUACAUGUUGCUCUGUUUACUAGUAUUUAUACAAUUUAAUGAAUCCAUUAUUUCUAUUUGCAUGUGAGAAAGUGCAUACAUUGUCUGUGAUUGCCAUUUUCUUGUUAUUUCAAUAAAUGUAGUUAUAUUGCUAUUAAAACGUCCAUACAUAAACAUUAGUUACUGAGUUAAUAAAGUCGAUAUAAAUUCUGAGAAUUGUUAUCUGAUUAAGAAUUAAAUAUUUUACAAACAACGGGUAAAUUAAAGUGCUGACGAUUGUAAAAAUGCAUAUCAAACUCAUACCCCGUAGACCAAUGUUAGUUUUGUUUAAACGAUCAU